AUCCUCCCAUUGCCACCAACAACAUCGAAUUGUUCUACUUUCUUUCACUCUUUAAACUUUACUGACAAAAUGGGUAGAUUUACAUUUGCUCAAGGACUUGUUCUAGUGCUGUUUGCUGCUUCCAUGUUGGGAGUAAGCUUGGCCAACAAGGACUGGGGCUAUGGCUUUAACCACUCCGCCUGGGGCUCCCAUCAUCCCCACAAUCAUACCAAUGGCCCCAAGAAGAUCAUUGUUGGUGGAUCACAGAAUUGGCGAUUUGGUGUCAACUACACCGAUUGGUCUCUCAAAAACGCUCCCUUCUACUUCAAAGAUACUCUAGUGUUCAAAUAUGAUCCACCAAGCAACACCACGUUUCCUCACAGUGUCUACUUGCUCCCCAACCUGCGCAGCUUCCUCAACUGUGACUUAAGAAAAGCUGAGAUGAUUGCAAACCCAACUCAGGGAGGUGGAAAUGGGUUUGAGUUCGUGUUGAAGAGGUGGAGACCUUAUUACUUUGCUUGUGGUGAACGUAAUGGCUUCCAUUGCAACGUUGGUCUUAUGAAAUUCGCUGUGGUUCCGCUGCGCCGUUGGAACUACUGACGGACACGAGGCUUAGAAUCCGGGGAAGAUGCAGUGCCUGUGUUCCAUAUCAUUUUUGUUCACAACAUUGUAUUGAGCCUUUUUUCUUUUUCCCUGUUUUAGCUUGAUUGAAAGAAGAAUAAGCUGAGAUUAAUAAUGUUCAAUGAAUUAGAGGUUCGCUAGCCAAGGCACGAAUUCAUCGCUUUCAGUCUCAGGCCAUGUUCUCCAAUAUAAGCUUGUAAUUUCUUAAUUUAAUGCGAUUGCUUUUCCCGAAGAAAAUGUUUUCGUUCUCAUA